AUGUAAAAUGAUGCAAUCGAUUAUUUGACAAUCUUCACAGCAUUAACAAUAUUCAAAGCUUUUUGUUCAGGUGUACAUCGUUAUAAAGUUAAUCAGAUGCCAACUUCACAUUAUGAAACCGUAAAUAUGUGAUUAUGAUAUUAUGAUAGGAAUCAACUUUGGCUACUCUAAUGAAAAUACAAAUGUAAUUCAAUUUUCUACUUCUUCAUUGCACAUUGUUCUUUAAACACAUAGAUAAUAUUUAAGAAAUAGGUAAAUUCAACCUAUUCUUAUUGAUAUCGAUAUGUCUUUAUGCUCUGACAUUAAUGUUGACUGAUUAUAGAUGGUUAUUGAAAAUAUAUAGAUAUGAGAAUCAUAUCCUCAGAGAAGAUUACCCUAUAGUAGAGUUCUUAGGAAUUUAAGUUUUUAUGAUGUUUGGAUGUGCUUUACUAAUAACUAUUUAAUGGUUCACAAUUCCAAUUCUAUCGGAUCUUAUGUAUCAACUAUUAUGCAUUUACAAAAUACCAUAAAUCAUUAAAUGUCAUCAACACAAUUAAAUGCCUAAUAUCACUUAUUUCUGCUUUCUAGAGGAUUAUUGUAUAUUGAUUUUUUUCUCUUAUUAUCGAGGUUGCCCAAUCAAUAUCUUUAAACUUCAAGAUAACUUGGGAAUUUGUAUAAGUGUUGCUAUUUUCAUUUGCAUUCAAUAAUGCAUCAUACUUUAUUAGUUUCAUGUGAAACCAUAACUAUAUUAGACUAAAUCUUAAGUUGAAGAAUUCACUAAUGAAAUAAGGGAACAAAAUAUUUAUUCAAAUUUUGAUGAUUAGGGUAUUAAUAAUAACCUUGAAUGUGCUAUUUGUCUUUAAGGUAUAGAAAUAACUAAUCCCUUAUAAAUUUAACUAAAUCCUUAGGAUCCAAUUGUAUUGACUCUUUGUUCCCACAAAUUUCAUGAGAGUUGUCUAAUUGUUUGGCUCAAAGUCAAAAAACAAUGUCCUGUUUGCAGACAUUAAUUUUGA